UUUGUGUUAUGUAUAGAUAUGUGGGUACUUAUAAUAUUGUAUGCAUACCGUUAGUCGGAAUAAAGCAUCAGCUGUGUUAACGUACUUUCGUUGUUUUAAUUAUCAAAUACUUCAUUGGCGACGACGGAAAACAAGUUUUAAAGCUAUUUAUCGCAAUAAUAGCCUGUGAGACGCGUGCGAAAUAAUAAAAUAAAAUGUCUAUCGGUAAAAUUCGCGAGUUCGACAUUGAAAAUGGCAGUUGGGACUUGUACUGUGAGCGACUUGAAAUGUAUUUUAAAGCUAAUUCCGUGACGAACGAUAAGCAGUUAUCAACGUUAAUUGCGGUGGUUGGUGAUCGGUGUUAUGAGUUAAUGACAAAUUUAGCAAGUCCGAAAAAGCCAUCGGAGUUAUCUUUCACGGAGUUGGUAUCGUUGGUGCAAAAACAUUUAAAGCCGAAGCCAUCCAUAAUGGCCGAACGGUACCGUUUUCGGCUUAGAAGGCAAGCGGCGGGCGAGUCCAUAUCGCAGUACAUAGCGGAGCUGAAGAAGUUGGCGCGAACUUGCGAUUUUAAAGAGACCUUAGCGGACAACCUUCGAGACCAGUUGGUAUGCGGCGUAAGUGGGGACGUUAUACGGCAACGGCUGUUUGCGGAAGAGGAUUUGACGUAUGCUAAGGCGGUGACCUUGGCAUGUUCAUUGGAGGCGGCGGAGCGUGAUGCAGCAAUUAUGACGGGCGGCGGCGGUCGAGCCUCCGGAGAGCCCGCGGGAGCGGUGCAUCGCGUGGCUAGCGGGGACGGCGCGGGGCGCGGGGCCGGCCGGCGGCCGCCGGCGCAGCGCCAGCACCGGGAAACAGGUUUUAGUGCGCAGGGAACAGCUGGAAGUAUAGGCGGUGCCACGCCUUGUACUGCCUGCGGCGCCACUAAUCAUUGUUUAUCGACGUGCAAAUUUAAGGAAUAUAUAUGUAGUAUGUGCCGGAAGACGGGACAUUUGCGGCGAAUGUGUCCCAAGAGGUCGUCUUACAAUGAAAAAGCGGCUCGAGGGCGCAAUGGCGGCCGGCCGCGGGCCUAUUUUGUUACCGGAGAGGAUAGCGAAGGAGAAACUGAAUCGGAGGAAGAGGAGGAAGCGUUGUACAAAGUUUCAUUAAGCCAAUACAAGCCGAUAUAAGGAAGUUUUCGAUGGGGGACUCGGGUGCUACAACGGUGGGACGGCCACGCUGCGCGUGCGCGAGGGUGCUGCGCCGGUGUACCGGCGCGCGCGACCGCUGCCGUUCGCGCUGCGGGGCCGCGUCGACGCCGAG